UGUGAUGGUGCAGCAGCAGACGGGCUGGCCUACUCUGCUCUGCUGAAGAACGAGCUGCUGGGAGCGGGAAUAGAGAAGAUCCAGGACCCUCAGACCGAAGACAGGCGACUGCAGCCGUCAACCCCAGAGAAGAGAAGUCUCUUUAAUUAUUCACUAAACACCAAGAGGUCUUCACCGGACGACAGCACGAACAUCUCCCCCUACUCCCUAUCACCUGUCAGCAACAAAAGUCAGAAGCUGCUGCGUUCGCCGAGGAAGCCAACUCGAAAGAUCUCAAAGAUCCCGUUUAAAGUCCUGGACGCUCCGGAGCUGCAGGACGACUUCUACCUGAACCUGGUGGACUGGUCGUCUCUGAACGUGCUCAGCGUGGGGCUGGGGACCUGCGUGUACCUGUGGAGCGCCUGCACCAGCCAGGUAACACGGUUGUGUGAUCUGUCGGUGGAGGGAGACUCAGUCACGUCCGUUGGCUGGUCCGAAAGGGGGAACCUGGUGGCGGUGGGGACUCACAAAGGCUUCGUUCAGAUCUGGGACGCCGGCGCUGGGAAGAAACUCUUCGCCCUGGAAGGACACACGGCGAGAGUCGGAGCGUUAGCCUGGAACGCAGACCAGUUGUCUUCGGGGAGCCGUGACCGUAUGAUCCUGCAGAGAGACAUGCGGACCCCCCCCCUGCAGUCAGAGCGGCGUCUGCAGGGUCACAGACAGGAAGUGUGCGGAUUAAAGUGGAGCACCGACCAUCAGCUGCUCGCAUCGGGGGGCAACGACAACAAGCUGCUGGUGUGGAACCACUCGUCCCUGAGCCCGGUGCAGACCUACACGGACCACCUGGCUGCAGUGAAGGCCAUCGCCUGGUCGCCCCACCAGCACGGGCUGCUGGCCUCCGGGGGGGGCACCGCCGACCGCUGCAUCCGCUUCUGGAACACGCUGACUUCCCAGCCGCUGCAGUGCAUGGACACCAGCUCUCAGGUCUGCAACCUGGCCUGGUCCAAGCACGCCAACGAGCUGGUGAGGGACCCCCCAUGCACUCACUACACUGUAAUACCAUAGGAUAUGAUAAUACUU